AUGUACAAAUGUGUGGUGAGCAACCGCUUCGGUAGCUCUUCGGCUUCUGGACGUCUUAUUGUAAGGCGGUCUACUAGAAUCAUUUCUGGGCCUCUCUGGGUUGGAAACUACGCCCUGCAGAAGCCGAUCGAGAAUGGUACUAUUGUCACCAGUAUUGGCAAUGAAGUGACCUUAUUCUGCCGUGCUGAAACAGAUCCACUAGAAUUGUCAAAAUUGCUUAUCAAAUGGAUGUGGCUGCCACUUGCAAAAUCACCGAACUCACCUCAAUCGGAGCGUGAUCUCGAAUUAUCUAAUGGCUUUUCUGACUUGCCAACAGAUGAUAUUAGAGAGACACAUCGGAAAAUUAGUCGCAGCUCUCUCGAGUCUUCGCUUACUCUCCUCAAGCCUCUGCCUUCGUACUCAGGAACGUAUAGAUGUCUGGCCAUAAGCAGUUCUGAUAAUGACUCAAGGAGCGUGGACGUUGUAAUCCAGGGUGAGUCAAUAUCUGGAGAAGUAAUUAAUUUGAAAGUUACAAAGGCAAGAACAGUUGAUGGAAACAGUCUAGUUAUAUAA